AUGAGUGAAUUCUGGUUGUGUUUCAACUGCUGUAUUGCAGAACAGCCUCAACCUAAAAGGUGCCGGCAGGUUGACCGAAGUAUGAUUGGAGAUCCCGCAAACUUUGUGCACACGGCUCACCUGGGGUCAGGAGACCUGUUCAGUGGGAUGAAUUCCGUUAGCUCCAUUCAGAACCAGAUGCAGUCCCAGGGAGGCUACGGGGGUGGCAUGGCUGCCAAUGUGCAGAUGUAGCUCGUGGACACG